AGUGACAAACUCUAGGUGCUGUAUAGGUAUGGGGCAUGCCCCCGCCAAGGCGUAACUUGGCAGGGGCAUUUUAACCCACAAUUUUAAUGUCCUGUUAACACAACAUCAACCUCUCGUUAUUUGCUCAAAUGGCCUAUCAUAAAUACAGCAUGUCUUCCGGGACGGUCUGCUAUUGGUGGCGGGAGGAGCGUCUGGUUUUACGGGUUUUACACAGCGAAACUCUAAACUCGAUAGCAGAUCUUUCAUGGUACUUGUUGGUUCCGGGCACAUUCGGCCAGACAUAGAAGUGAGCGAAAUUGGACGGAUGGUAAACGGAUGGUCUGGCCGUGGACCCGCUGGAUGAACUCCGCAAGAGCUGUUGCGGUUUUUCCAAUGUAAGAAGACGGAGAAUGCAUUGAGCAACCUCAUACAUUUCUCAACCAGCUGCGAGACCACGACCUCGUUCCAGAGGACAUGUAUAAGAAUUCUGGAUCUAAGAAGAGGAGCGAGAGUGUGGAGGAAGAAGAGGAAGUGGCAGGUCCCUCUACCCGGUCCACGCCUAGCAAAAGUAAAAAAGGUUCUCCGAUCAGUAAGGGCAUGCACAAGAACGUGCUCCCUGUCACCUGUGGCAACAAGAAUGGCAGGCUUCACCGAGACAAAUUUGCCAAGGGAGAAAAGUGUAUCUUGGCAGAGGGGCGCUGGUUUACCCCAUCGACCUUUGAGAAAUUUGGGGGAAAGAAGAGCAGCAAACGCUGGAAGAUGAGCAUUCGCUGCCAGGACACCCCCCUGCAGAAACUGAUCGAGGUUAGAGAGAGUGAGGAUGGGGGUGUGCACUGCUGAAAACACAUUACACACCCUUUAUAACUCAUUUACACUGAUAUACACAGCACAGUAUACACCCUGUAAAACUGCUUUACACUGAAAUAUACAGCACAAUAUACAACCUGUAAAACUGCUUUACACUGAAAUAUACAGCACAAUAUACACCCUGUAAAACUGCUUUACACUGAAAUAUACAGCACAAUAUACACCCUGUAAAACUGCUUUACACUGAAAUAUACAGCACAAUAUACACCCUGUAAAACUGCUUUACACUGAUGUAUACAGCACAAUAUACACCAUGUAAAACUGCUUUACACUGAUAUGUACAGCACAAUAUACACCGUGUAAAACUGCCUUACACUGAUACAUACUGCACAAUAUACACCGUGUAAAACUGCUUUACACUCAUAUAUACAGCACAACAUACACCCUGUAAAACUGCUUUACACUGAAAUAUACAGGACAACAUACGCCCUGUAAAACUGCUUUACACUGAUAUAUACUGCACAAUAUACACCCUGUAAAACUGCUUUACACUCAUAUAUACAGCAUAAUAUACACCCUGUAAAACCGAUUUACACUGAUGUUCUCCACUGCUAUUUGUUGUUCUGGAUAAGAGCAUCUGCCAAUAUAAUAUCAUAACAUCAGUAAUAUAAUAUAUUUGAGUAUUUUAGUGUAUACUGAUUUUUCACAUGGAAUGUGACAUUCUCAUUCUCUGGCUUUUUCUCAGAUUUUAUGGUUGAAGAUUUUGUCAUUAGCAA